CACUCCUGUGGCUGAUAAGUCUCUUGGCAAUGCUAAAAUACUCAUGUGCAGUUGCCGACCUACGAGACUGUGAGGAGGCAGGCAGCAAGUGCCAUCAACAGGCCGAGUGCCUGAAGGUCAAAAGCAAUUUCACCUGCGUGUGUCGCAUAGGCUACCAGGGCGAUGGACUACUCUGCAGAGACAUUGACGAAUGUCUCAGCGGCCUCCACAGUUGUCAUCCAAACGCCCACUGCAACAACACCCUGGGCAGCUACACUUGCGUCUGUCACAACGGAUAUCUCGGCGACGGCACCGAUUGCCAGGAUAUCGACGAGUGUCAAAAAGAAAACGGGGGCUGUCACGCCAAUGCCCUGUGUACUAAUUUUGAAGGCGGACGACAGUGCCGAUGUAAAGUUGGCUUCGAUGGAAACGGCUUCCAGUGCAAAGAUAUAAAUGAAUGUGCGAACCAGAGGAUCUGCCACUGGAAUGCGACCUGCACCAACAACCCUGGUUCUUAUGUGUGCACCUGUAAUGCCGGCUACAAGGGCAAUGGAAACUACCUGUGCCUCGAUAUCGACGAAUGCUCAGAGACUCCAUAUGUGUGUUCAUCCUCGCUCGGCCACAAAGGCUGUAAAAAUCUGCCCGGGACUUAUCGCUGCACGUGCAGCAAGGGCUUCGAAAGCGACGGUCAGAGCUGUGUGGACGUUGACGAAUGUGCAAGCAACAUCUGCAGUCUGUAUGCAGACUGUUCGAACACCGUCGGCUCGUACCGCUGUACCUGCGACGGUGGUUUUGUCGGAAAUGGCCUCACAUGUGUCGACAUCAAUGAAUGCAACGAAAACAAUGCAUGCGAUCCCAAUGCCGUUUGUAUUAACAGGCUGGGAAGUUACGAGUGCUCCUGUCUGGAGGGGUUUGAAGGAGACGGCAGGCUGUGCAACGAUAUUAACGAGUGCACAACACCCGACAUCUGCCCGACUACCACUACCUGUGUCAAUACCGGCGGCUCCUAUUUUUGUGACUGUGGUAGUGGAUUCAUUUUUAAUAACUCCUUAUGCCAAGAUCUGGACGAAUGUGCUUCGGAUCGUUGCAGCCCCGACUCCGUGUGCACCAAUUCGCCCGGCUCCUUCACAUGUCAGUGUGCAGGAGGCUUUAGGGGAGAUGGCUUCACGUGUGUGGAUGUGGAUGAGUGCUCACUCGGAACUCGGUGUCACUCUAACGCCCUUUGCAUUAACCUGCCCGGCAAUUACAACUGCACAUGUGUGCUGGGUUACUCCGGAGACGGGGUGAUCCAGUGCAGUGAUGUGAACGAGUGUCUGGUGGAAAAUGGAGGAUGUCGGAAUAAGGCUACAUGUGUGAACAACCAAGGUUCUUUCACUUGCUUAUGCCAGACAGGGUUUGUCUUAGUUAACCACACUUUUUGCCAGGACGUGAACGAGUGUGUGACACUGGAGAGUCCGUGCGGUAUCAAUGAAGAAUGCACAAAUAUUGAUGGUUCGUACGAGUGCCCUUGCCAGAUCGGUUAUUAUCGCCCCGCGGCCAACAUGGACUGUGUCGAUAUCGACGAGUGUAAAGAUAAACCUUGCCAUGUAAACGCGACGUGCCUCAACACAAUUGGCUCCCACACCUGCACCUGUAAGCGAGGUUUUGCGGCAAACGGCACCCAGUGUCAGGACAUCGAUGAGUGUUCAGUGGCGGACACGUGCCACCCACGGGCACUGUGCACCAACUUCAUCGGAGACUUCUUCUGCUCCUGCCGACAGGGUUUCGAAGGUGACGGAUUCUCCUGUCAGGAUGUGGACGAGUGCAUCAUCUUGGAUACUAUUUGUCCCGAUUUCUCAAAGUGUGUCAACUUCCCCGGUGCGCAUCUCUGCUCAUGUUUGAAUGGCUCAGUGGCCCUAAAUGACACUUGUGUGCUACCCAGUCCACUAUGUGACCCCGCAUGCCACGUUCACGGCCUGUGCCACCAUUCACCUGCUGGAUACCAAUGUGUGUGUGACCUGGGCUACAUCGGCGAUGGGCUGACAUGCUCUGAUAUCGAUGAAUGCCAGAGGGAAAACAUUUGUCCUGACAACGACACGGAAUGUGUCAAUAUCCCAGGAUCAUAUUCCUGUGUUUGCAAACAAGGCUACGUUCUCAGUGAAAGCCAGUGUGUCGAUGUAAAUGAGUGUGAAACAGGACGACAGGAGUGCAGUGACUUUGCCCGGUGUGUCAACACAGUGGGCGGCCACCUCUGCUUCUGCCUCAGCGGCUUCACGGGUGAUGGGAAAAACUGCUCUGACUUCGAUGAAUGCCAAGUCCAAAAUGGAGGAUGCCAUAACGUUUCCAGCUGCACUAACACUGCUGGAUCUUUCAUCUGUGCCUGUCCAUUUGGAAUGGAAGGCGACGGCUUAGAGUGCCAGGAUGUAAACGAAUGCGAGCUGAAUUCCACCCUGAUGCAUAACUGCAGCGGCCUGGCUUUGUGCCUCAACACAUACGGAUCGUACAUCUGCCAGUGCCAGGAUGGAUACCAGGGCGAUGGCUUUGUUUGUGAAGAUAUCGAUGAAUGUCUGGAGGACACAACUUGUAGGACAAACAUGACAUGCAGCAACACCGUGGGUUCCUACACCUGCCUGUGUAUGGUUGGCCGGGUCUACGACAGGGGGUUAUGCGUCAGUGAAGACAUGUGCAUGAACACCACUUCCGUCUGCCACCCCCUGACCGAGUGCCACCCACACCAGGGUUCCUUCUACUGUCACUGCAAAGAUGGCUAUGAAGGCAACGGCUCUGAAUGUUCAGAUGUGGAUGAAUGUGACCAAACCCGAGAUCAAAUCUGCCCAAAUUUCUCCUCCUGCUUCAACACCGCUGGCUCCUACAUUUGUAAAUGUUGGGACGGGUUUCUCGAGAAUGGGACUAACUGUCAAGACGUGGACGAAUGCGCAACGGGGAAUUUCACCUGCCCUGACAACAGCACCUGUACCAAUGUUGAUGGGGGCUACAUGUGCACGUGUGAUUCGGGGUUCUCGCUCAAUGGCUCUGUAUGUUUGGACACCGAUGAAUGCUCUCUUGACUUCAUGAUGUGUCCUAAUUCAUCCAGCUGCAUCAACUCGGUGGGGUCUUUUUUUUGUGAGUGUUGGGAAGGGUACCGACGGAACCAACGUGACUGCGACGAUAUCGACGAGUGCCUGAACAACUCUUCUUGCCCCGACUAUAGCACAUGCAUCAACACGAACGGUAGCUUCCGGUGUAUAUGCGAUGGUGGAUUUUUCCAUGUUGGGGAAGCCUGCAUGGACAUCAAUGAAUGCAAUCAUACUAAUCAUUGCACAAAUGGGUCAUGCGUCAAUACAAUGGGAUCAUAUUACUGUGACUGCAUCGCUGGAUUCUGGAGCAACGGAACAAGGUGUGUGGAUGUCGAUGAAUGCUGGGACUCGGACUCGGGCUCUUUCAACUCAACGGUGUGUCAGCCCCAAUCUACAUGUGUCAACACCCCUGGAUCAUAUCGUUGCCCUUGUAACGAGGGCUUUGUUCGCAAUGGUACCGAGUGUCUGGACGUAGAUGAGUGUCGUGACCCAAAUGGGAACACGUGCACCGAACACUCGUUCUGUAAUAACACAGCAGGAUCCUUCAUCUGUGAGUGUUAUCCCGGAUACAGGUCCUUCCCGUUGGGUUGUGAAGAUAUUGACGAAUGCAGAGACAACGCCACCUGUCGCUUUGAUCAGGUGUGCACCAAUCUCCCUGGAACAUACAAGUGCACAUGUCCUGUGGGGUUCCAUGAGGAGAAGAGCACGUGUAUUGACACCAACGAAUGUGUGGAUUCACCGUGCCAUUCCUUGGCACGAUGCUGGAACACCGUUGGAUCCUUUUCCUGCCACUGCCCUCUGGGCUUUGCAGGAAAUGGCUUCUGGUGCGAGGAUGUGGAUGAGUGCGUCGCGCUGACUAAUCCGUGCCAUCCUGUGGCUCGCUGUCACAACUCCCCGGGGUCAUACGUAUGUGUAUGCAUGAACGGCUUUCUGAGUAUCGGAUCCCUGUGCGCAGACCUCGACGAGUGCCAACAGGCCAAUGGACAGUGUCACUCUGCCGCCACCUGCUCCAAUCACGUAGGAGAUUUUAAAUGCGCCUGCAGUCGGGGCUGGAUUGCAACCAAAGACAACGGUCACGGAAAAGGAGGAUGCGUGGACUUGGAUGAAUGUGUGUCCCCUCUGAUAUGUCCAGGGCGAACGUCUUGUGCUAAUCUACCGGGGUCUUACACCUGUUCCUGUCCAGAAAGUCAAACAAUGUGCGACAUGACUCAGAAGGAGAGCAACUUGUACCCUUUUGGAGCAGAAGUUGGUGAUGAAAGAAUAAACAUGGACAUGGAAGAUGGAACUUCUCCGUACAUCAAACCACCAAUGGGUUUUCCGUUCAUGGGAAAAUUAUAUGACAGAAUUUAUUUCUCGGAUAACGGCCUUGUCCAGUUUCAGUCUGUUGCUGUGAACGAGCAGUACCUAUUUCCAGCGCCCCAAUCCACUGGUUUUCCCAACGACAUGAAUGCAUCUCUGUUGGCGGUCUUCUGGGAUGAUGUUGACCUCACCCGAGGCGAUGGACAGUUGUUCUAUCAGGAAUACCAUAAGUUGGAUAUGUCAGACGUCUACUCCCACAUCGUGUUCAACCGUACAACAGAUGAUGUGUCAAAAUUUGAGCGUCAGAGAGGCAAGCCUGCCUUCAAUCCUUCCUGGAUUCUCAAGAUCACCUGGGAUCUUGUAAUGGCUGUGUCCUACCAGAAGAUCAAUCAGUCAGAAACGAACACUUUCCAAUGCAUUCUCACCACGGAUGGAGUGCGCUCCUUCGCCCUCCUACAAUAUGGGAAGAUGAAUUGGGGUCCCGGACAAAGAGAACAUCUUGAAGCCCUCAUCGGCUACACAGAUGGAAAACACGUCCACAUAGAGACUACUGUGCCCCCAGAAAACCUUUUUGGCCCAGGGGGGAGAUACAGACCACAGCAAGUGAAAGGGCCUUUGGGAAACUUGGGCCAAUUUGUGUAUGAUUUAACUGGAAUUGAUGAGGCUUAUGCUGAACCAGGAUUGAUGUGCCAGGCAUGGGCGAUGAAGGAGCCCGAUCCUGCAGAAUGGACAGACGGAUUGCCGUCAUGUCCUUGUGCCCGAACUCAGGCUCUGGAAGACUUGUCCUUCCUGCAAGAUACUGCAGACUACGGAGCCAAGUUGAAGACUUUGAGGGGUCAGAGAUGGGGUAGCGCAAAAGGCCAUGUUUUCAAGUCAGUUUUGUCCAAUAAGGAAUCAGGAAAGCGAUGUGUAUAUGAUCCGGAGGGACCUCUGCUGGCGGGUUACAACGAGCGCUACUUCACAAGUGGAAGUAGCCACAAGCAUAUUGAUGAAGAUCUCCUGCCAUUCCAGUGGUGUUGCAUCGAGUCUCCUCUUUGCCACCUUUAUCUCAGCAAGCGGCCUCUGGAUCGUUGCAAUGGCUGCAGCUGGGUCGGUCUCGAUGGAUGCAAAGCUGCCAAAAGCGCAACGCAGGGAGUCGCAAUGGUGUAUGGCAGCCUCCACUACAUCACCUUCGACGGGACAGAGUACUCCUUUAAGGCCUUGGGAGAGUUUGUGAUUGUGCGACUGUCUUCCAGCACCGGAUCUAAUAUCUUCACCUUGCAAGGACAGACUGAAAGGCUAUACACACACGCAAAAGGGAGCAUUGACUUCCCCGCGGUGGUACGCAUGGCUGCCUUCUACCAGGGCAUUGGCAAGAUUGAAUGGAGAUGUGCGGACGAAGGCGAAGGACUGCGAGUGUUUGUUGACAACGUUGAAGUAUUCGUCACUGUCGGUGUGGCGCACCUAGGAGAGAGAGACUUUGCUGUGCGCUGUGUCUCAGUGGAUCGCUGUGCCGCAGUGUACGCCGGAGGUCUGCAUGUGCUGGUGUGGCGCGUGGAAGGCCACAGACAGUUGGCAGCCAUGGUGGAAGUUCCCCAGACCUUUUACAACCGGACAGUGGGUCUCAUGGGCCUCUGGAGUUCCAACCGUGCAGAUGACUUCCUUAUGUCUGACGGCAGGCUCCUGUCCUCGCCUGAUUUCAACCCCCCCUCGGAAGACAAGCUGCAUCAAUUUGGGCUGUCCUGGACAGUCCCACAGCCAGAGAGCCUGCUGUUCUCUUCCCCUCCACUUCUUCCACUUGAUCCAAUCUCCACCAAAGAGUUGCUGGAAGGCUUCAGUCCCGUUGUGGUGGAGGAGCUACGAAGAACCUGUCAAGGCAGCGUGCAGUGUGUACACGACACCCUCGCAUCGGGCAGCACAGACCUGGGCCUUCAAAGCUUAAUUGCUGAGAAACAGUACCAAAACACGGCUCUUAUUUAUGGCAACACACCUCCCAUUGUGACAGAACCUACAGUGAUCCAUGCUGAAGUCAACUCUACAGUUAACAUUCAGAUCAUUGCCCAGGACCCCAAUGAAGAUCCAAUCACCUAUUCACUACUCUUCCCAAGACCUCCACAGACCUCCAUUGGCAGCGGUGAUGGCUACUUGACCUGGAUGCCCCUCAGCACUGAUCCCGUCCAGCUGACCAUUAAAGUCACAGACAGGCUUUCCAGCUCGUUGUUUACCCCCAUUCUGCGUAUCUGCAACUGCCUUAACGGAGGGACCUGUCUGUAUGACAGCGUCACUGAAAACUAUCUGCAGGGAAAGUUUCAGGUGUUGGGAUGCCUCUGCUCGAAAGGAUUCAGUGGGAAGUUCUGUGGGAAUGUUGCAGACCCAUGUACAGGCAAGCCAUGUUACCGAGACGUGCAGUGCCAGUCUGAGUCACGCCCAGGACGCUUUACCUGUGGACAAUGUCCGGAUAAUACCGUGUCCAGUGGAAAGCAGGGGUACAAGUGCUUUGAGCAUGAUAUGUGCAUGCCCCCUUUCACAUUCCCCUGCCACAAAGAUGCCAUUUGCACCAGCACAAAGCAAAACUACACCUGCACGUGUAAGCCUGGAUAUUUUGGCGAUGGAAUCAACUGCACAGACAUAGACGAGUGUGCUGACCUGUCAGCGUGUCCCAACGCCAAGUACGAGUGUAAGAACAAACCAGGCUCUGUUGACUGCUUCUGCAGAUACGAGAACCCUCAGGAGUCCGACGGAUGUGGCGACUCUGGCAAUCCUCCAGGGGGUAAUGUGUUCAACGUGUCUGUGGACUGGAGGAGGAACAGAGCAGACGGACUCGAGCAGCUGGUUGACAUCCUAUCCAGGGGUUUCCAGAACAAAUUCUACAACGCUAGUAGAAAGGAUCCAGGACAGAGUUCUGGUCCACGCCUGGUUGAAUAUCGCAUCAAUAUGUCCAGUGACACACCUCAUUGGUACAUCAGAGACUACCUGGCCAGAGUCAGCAGCCACUAUGACAUCAGCACGAUAGAAGUUGAUGACUUGGAUGAGUGUAAGGCCAAGGAGGCGGUGUGUGUGCACCCUGCCCUCUGCACCAACACUUACGGAGGCUACCGGUGUGUGUGCAAUGGCACAACCGAUGUGGAUGAAGCACAGUCCUGCGUAUUAACAGAUCGGGAUACAUCGAGCAGCACAGAUCUGGACCUCAUUCUGGGCCUGGUUCUGGGCAUCGGCAUCCCUUUGCUCCUCCUUCUGGCUGCGUUGGCUUGUUUCUGUUGCCGCAAGAAAACUGUUUCUGGAGAUCUGCCUCACCUGUUAACAAACCAGAUCCAGGAACCAUACAACUCUCAAGCCUUGGACUUCUCUGACCCCGCCCUGCAUUACAUGACCCACUGCAGCCCCCGGAUCAUAGACAACGUCACGCCCCGGCAACGCCAGAGAUAGCACAUAAUGGAAGCAUAAAAUACACACAGAAAUACAGUAUAUGACGAGCACGGUUGGAGUACAUGUUGUAUAAUGACAAGAUAUGACUUAUUUAUCAAGUAAACCAUGACUGACUUUUAAAUGCUUUCUUU